AUGCGCGCAUUUGUGAUCCUUGCCUGUGUGGCACUUGCCUACGGGCGGCCUGAAGCCCCACUCGGGUACAACUACCCAGCCCCCUCAAGGCACUCAGCUCCAUCAGGCAGCUAUGGAGCCCCAUCUCUUGGAGCGAUAAGAGUACCUUCUGGAGGCCACUCUGGCCUUUCAUUCGGUGGUGUCUCUGGAGGCCAAUCUGGCCUUUCGUUCGGAGGUGUCUCUGGAGCCCAUUCAGGUGGAUUCUCAAGUGGACUCUCAGCAGGAGGCUUCAGCAGUGGGAGCGUUUCAGGAGGAUUUGCAUCUGAUGCCGGUUUUGGUGGUGGCUACGCUGGAGGAUACUCUGGUGCACCUUUAGUACAGAAGCAUAUCUACGUUCACGUUCCACCUCCAGAACCCCAGGAACAGAGACUGCCCCGCAUCACCCCAGUUGCUCCCCCACAAAAGCACUACAAGAUCAUCUUCAUCAAGGCCCCAACCCCUCCUGCUCCCGUUGCCCCCAUCAUUCCCGUUCAGUCUCAGAACGAAGAGAAGACCCUCGUAUACGUUCUGGUUAAAAAACCCGAAGAACAGCAAGAUAUCGUCAUCCCCACCCCAGCUCCCACUCAACCCUCCAAACCAGAAGUUUACUUCAUCAAAUACCAGACUCAGAAGGAAUCCGACGCUGCUAUUGGUGGUGCUAUCGGUGGUGGUUCCAUCGGAGGCGGUCUUAUUGGAGGUGGUUCUAUUGGGGGUGGUGCUAUCAGUGGUGGCUCUAUCAGUGGUGGUGACUACAAUUCUAUCAGCGGAGGCGCUGUUCUCGAAGGUGGUGCAUCCGGUCAUGGAAGCGAAAUCUCUGGAGACUUCGGUGCAAGUGGUUCUGACGAGAGUGCAUCAGCUGGUCACGGUGUCACCAGCUCCCAGUAUGGACCCCCAGGCCAUGUGGCUGGCCCACUACAUUAA